AUGCUCAAGUUCGCCGGCGCCUGGGACCGGAGUAGGGACCUCGCCUCCUCAAUAUGGUCCCGGACGACCCGGCGCAUGCGCAUCGUCGGCGCCUUUGCGCUUUUCAUUAUCCUCUCAUUAUCUCUCCUGGCCUCAUUCCCUAUCCACAGGUCCUUUAGCUACCCCAAGAUCGGGUCCUCCGGAGGCGGCAAUGGCGCCGUCAACUGGCAGCAGGGCGUCGUCUACAACGAGUCCAAGGUGGCCCUGCUCAUCGAGAACCGGGCCAACCCCAUCCUGGCGCCCCUGAUGCUGCACUUCAUCAGCGUCGUCCCGCCCGACUGGCGCUUCCGCUUCAUGGGCUCCAACGAGUCGGUCGAGUUCAUCAGCCGCUCCGCCGCCAUCCGCGAGCACGUCAAGGCCGGCAAGCUCGACCUGACCUACAUCCCCAACAACGUCACCAUCAAGGACCAGGAGGACAUCUCGUCCUUCCUCACGACCCGCUGGCUGUACGAGUACACCCUCCAGCCGGCCGAGUGGCUGCUCGUCUUCCAGACCGACAGCAUGCUGUGCGCCAACUCGAUGAACACCAUCGACGACUACCUGCACUACCACUGGAUCGGCGCGCCCUGGGGCCCCAACCGCUACUGGGGCGGCAACGGCGGCCUGUCCAUCCGGCGCGUGAGCGCCAUCGUCGAGGUCCUGCGCGAGCAGGUCCGCACCCCGCACUCGGAGCCCGAGGACGUCUGGCUGUCGGAGCGCCUGAGCCACCGGCCCGACGCCGUCGUCGCCGACUCGGAGAUCUCGCUCGGCUUCUCGGGCGAAGGGUACAGCGGCAAGCCCGUCGAGAUCGCGCACGGCAAGGGCACCUCGCUCAAGCUGGCGGCCGAGGGCCAGCUCGUCGAGGGGAUCGACUCGUGGCGCGAGGGGUUCUACGAGCCCAUGGGCUACCACACCGGCGCGUCGGGCAACACGCUGCACGGGCCCAUCUGGGGCUCGCCCGAGAAGCGCGCCCACAUCUGGAAGUACUGCCCCGAGAUGAAGAUGACGCUCAACAUGGACGUCGCCAAGUACGUGCCCGGCAACUGCAGCGCCAACUGGAAGCGCAAGAAGAGGGAUGUCGCGAGGCAGCCUCCCGUGGGGGAGGAAGAAGAACAAGAAGAAGAAGAAGAUAAAGAUGCAUAG